AUAUUUUUUUGACAUGUCAGUAAAUAAAAUAUGUUGUAAUAUGUGAGUAAGUAGUCUUAGUUUUGUAUCUAUUUUGUAAUAUUGACUUAUGUCCAUAUAUUCCUUGAGGUCAGUAAAGUCUCCCCCUCUCUCUCUCUCUCUCUCACAGUUGAGCAAAGCAAACCAUAUUCCGCCAUAACAAUAAUAGUGAAAAAAAAAAAAAAGUGAAAAACGAGGGAGAUAGGUGAGUAAAAAAACAGCAGCACGAGACAGCAUUAAUAAAGUGGGUGAUUUGAUUUUGAUUUCAAAUAUGCUCUUCCAACUUUAGUCUGAAUUCUCAUUGUGAUGUUUGUGUUCCUGGCAAAUUGAUGAAUGAAUCUUGAUCCGUAAUUCGAUAUAUAUGAUGAUGGCAUCUUCGGAGAGCUUCCAGAGAGAUGUGGAAGAAGAGGAGUGCCAAUACCUGUGCGUUUCGUCGUCGUAUUACAGCGUGUUCGUGGUUCGGCUGGCGAUCAUGAUCAUGCUGGCAAUCUUGAUAGGCUUGCUCACUCUCCUCACAUGGCACAUCACCAGAGUCUACACCACCAAAUCCCUCAACACUCUAGCAUACGGCCUCCGCCACGAGCUCCUCCAGCGCCCCCUCCUCCGCAUGUGGAACAUCCUCAACUCCACCGUCGAGGUCGCCACCGCCCAGGUCAAGCUCUCCGACUCCGUCAUCCGCCGCUACAACAAGCCCGCCGCCUCCCAAGCCGACCAGCUCGACCUCUACCAAGUCAUGAAGGAGCUCACCUGGGCGCUCUUCGCCAGCCGCAAGGCCCUCAACUCCAUCACCCUCAGCUACAGAAACGGCUUCGUGCAGGCCUUCCACCGCAACCACCGGAGCAACAACACAUACUACAUCUACUCCGAUCUCACCAACUACUCCAUAGCCACCUCUUAUUCCGUUAAUCUCCUCUCCUCUCACCAAGGCUGGAACGACCAGUCCAUCCACAACAACAUGUCUGCAAUCUGGUACCGCGAGCCUCUGGACCCCAGCACGGGGGAGAAGACUGCCAAGGCCGCCCCCAUCCCCCCCGAUGAGCUCAUCAACAUCGCCGGGAUUUCACAGGUCCCUGAUGGCACGGCCUCGUGGCAUAUAGCUGUGAGCAAAUACAGUGACUCGCCCUUGCUCUCUGCAGCAUUGCCUGUUUGGGACCCUUCCCACAAGAGCAUAGUUGCUGUGGUGGGCGUUACUACUGCUCUGUAUAGUGUGGGGCAGUUGAUGAAGGAGCUGGUUGAGUUUCACAGUGGCCACAUCUAUCUCACCUCUCAGGAGGGCUGGCUGCUUGCUACCUCCACCAACACUCCUCUGCUCAUGAAUUCUACGUCCGGCCCUAAGCUUAUGAUGGCUGCCGAUUCUCAGGAGUCUGUGAUUAGGUCAGGGGCCCAGUAUUUGAGUAAAGCCUAUGGGAACAAGCUGCCUCCUAGUCAAGAAGUCCAUAUUCAGAGCGCCAGGCUUGGGAACCGCCUUUACUACAUUGACUCCUUCUUCCUCAACUUGAAGAGGCUUCCUAUGGUUGGAGUUAUCAUGAUUCCCAGGCAAUAUAUAAUGGGGAAAGUGGAUGACAAGGCUUUUAAGACUUUGAUGAUUUUGAUAUCUGCUUCUGUGUGCAUCCUACUGGUUGGCUGGUUCUGCAUCUUCAUCUUGACUAAUGGAGUCUCCAAGGAGAUGAAGCUGCGCGCUGCCUUGAUAAGUCAUCUCGAUGCAAGGAGGAAGGCCGAGGCAUCCAACAACUACAAGAGUCAAUUUCUAGCAAACAUGAGCCACGAGCUUCGGACGCCUAUGGCUGCCGUGAUUGGCUUGCUGGAUAUCCUCAUGAGCGACGACUGCCUCAACAGUGAACAGCAAGCGAUGAUCACACAGAUCCGCAAAUGCUCUAAUGCUUUGCUGAGGCUUCUUAACAACAUUUUGGAUCUCAGCAAGGUUGAAUCAGGAAAACUGAUACUAGAAGAAACUGAGUUUGAAUUAGGUAGAGAGCUUGAAGGGCUUACUGAUAUGUUUUCCGUGCAGCGUAUUAACCACAACGUGGAGACUGUUCUUGAUCUCUCGGAUGAUAUGCCUAAAGUAGUCCUAGGAGACUCUGGAAGAGUUCUUCAAAUUUUUGCAAAUCUGAUUAGCAAUUCUAUCAAGUUCACAACCUCUGGAUACAUCAUUCUGCGCGGAUGGUGUGAGACUGUAGACGCAGAUAGUAAGAAAAGAGAGUCUUCCCUUAAUCCGAAGGAGUCGUGGUGUGCACAAAAGUUGAAACGGAAACGAGAAGCAAGCCAUGGGAAGAUAUGCUCCAAGAAAGACAACAGAAUGAUUCUUUGGUUUGAAGUUGAUGAUACUGGCUGUGGAAUUGAUCCUAACAAAUGGGAAUCAGUUUUUGAGAGUUUUGAGCAAGCUGAUCCCUCAACUACAAGGCUGCAUGGAGGCACCGGUCUUGGUUUGUGCAUCGUCCGAACCUUGGUGAACAAGAUGAAUGGAGAAAUCAAAGUGGUGAAGAAGAGUGGACCAGGAACUUUGAUGCAGCUGUAUCUGCUUCUCAACACGCCUGCUGAGACGACGAAGCAGCAUUACCAAUUUGACUUCAAAGACCACAAUCUAACUGUGUUGCUUGCACUUAAUGGCAGAAUGACCAGAUUGAUUAUGACAAGAUGGUUGCGCGAAAAAGGAGUUCAAACACAUGAAGCAUCUGAUUGGAAUGAGCUGACACUAAAUCUUCAAGAUUUCUUCAAUGCAAGAAUCACUAAUGGGAACUCACAGAUGCCACGCUCAGAAACUCAAGAAUCAAACUUGGGAAGCAGCAUUGCAUCAAUUUUCAUCAUAAUCAUCGACAUUGGACUGCUCGACUUGAGCACUGAGCUGUGGAAGCAGCAGCUCAAUUUUCUAGAGGAGUACAGCGCAGGAAGAGCCAACUUCGCCUGGAUCAUGAAUCACGACACCUCCAAAGUUAUCAAGGCUGAACUCCGCAGAAGAGGGCAUCUACUAAUGGUUAACAAACCUCUAUACAAAGCUAAACUAGUUCAGAUUUUUGAGGCAAUCAUAAAAAGAGACAGAAACUUGCACCUACAAACUCCCGUAGCAGAUGAUGAAUUCCAUGAAAUUGAUGCUCUUCAGUCUCCUUCUGCUAGCUCAGAUGAUUCUGAAAAGCUGGAUAACGAGAGCUGCACGAUGAUUAGAAGCUCCCAUGCUGGAGUCAGAAGAAGUGAGUAUUUCAGUAGAGGACCUCUGUCUCAAAACAUGCUGAGCAACUCCUGUGCUGAUUAUAUCCAUGUAAAUCUAGAAGAUGGCGUCUCUAGCCUCAGUAAAGAACGAUAUUCCACUAAAUCAUAUCAUGAAGAGAUUCAAGGUGCUGCAAGCUCACAUAAGGCUGUGAAUGAGCAAAAAAGGCCUCUUGAGGGCCUCUGCAUCCUUCUUGCAGAAGACACAAUCAUCCUCCAAAGAGUUGCAACGAUCAUGCUGGAGAAAAUGGGAGCAAGAAUCGUGGUUGUAGGAGACGGGCUUCAGGCAGUGGAUGCUCUGAAAAACAAGAUCCAGUCAAAUGAAUACAAUGAUGCAAAGGCAUUGCCAUAUGACUUGAUAUUGAUGGAUUGUCAAAUGCCUAAAAUGGAUGGGUAUGAAGCAACAAAAGCAAUAAGAAGAUGGGAAUGUGGAAGCGGUUUUCACAUUCCAAUAGUUGCACUCACAGCUCAUGCAAUGUCUUCUGAUGAAGCCAAAUGCCUUGAAGUUGGCAUGGAUGCUUAUCUAACAAAACCAAUAGACUGCAAGCUUAUGAUUUCCACCAUUCUUUCCUUAACUAAAGGAAUGUGAUCCGACUCUUCCAAGAAGAGUCAGAGUCAUAUGUUUCAUCUCAUAUUCCGAUUCUAUCAAUGCAUGUUAACUAAGCCUUGGUGCUUGAUUUUGUAUUAAGGAUAAGAUAAACAGUUUGAGCAAAGAGUCAUAGGUUUGUCCACAGAAGUUGUAGAUGGAAUAGAGCCAAUUUGUAAAUUUAGUGCUCAAGCUUUUGUGUUUUGCUCCUCCUUUAUCUUUCUUGAAAUGAUUCUAAGCGUUGUUUUAUCGAUAUUACCAAGUAACUGAAAACAUAAAAGCUCUUUGCUACAUGUA